AUGUUUGAAAGCCAUAUCUCUGUGUCUUGCCCACAACCACGAAACAACUACCCACGUAAGACGCCCAAGACAGAACAAUCCACCGAGUCAACAUCCCCGCGUAAGAAGGAAGGUCAAGGUAGCUCGAAUCCCAAGGAUACUAAGGGAACGCAUGCUCCAACAAAAAACAAGUUGCCUGGGACCCCAAAGGUACAGAAGAGUCAACCUAAUAAGGGCACUGACAAAGCCCCCACCAAAGUCUGGCUCCUGGUAAAGGAUCCCGAUCAAAAAAAGGUUGAAGCACAAGAAAAGGAAAAGCAGGAAACAGAUUGGACGAAGACACUCGAAAGAUCCCGACGGUUAGCUGGAAAAACCAGUGCUUCUGCCAGCAACGUUGAAUGGCCCGAGGACAGACAGUUCGAGGACAUUAGUGGAGAUAAGUCUGGGCAGGAAUCCAGCUCAGAACCUGGAGACGAAGAUAUGGAAUCCCGACACACAUCAGACGACGAGGAAGCUCAAACUGGUGCGGAUGAUGCGAUGGAGGAGGACAACGAAGAGCUUGAUCUGCUUGUGCGGGACGCCAGCUUACCAAUUAACACCGUCAUCAAAACAUGCAAGAACAAGGAAAAUCAGGCACUAAUGCGUCACGCCACAACCCGAAUACCAUUAACGCAGUUGCAUCCGCUUAUGUCACUGCCCAGUCGACCUCUUCAGCUCCUUCCACCUCCGCAAUCACAAACGAUAUGUCUCAUCAAACUCAAUCCACAAUCAACAAACUACUUCAUGCGUCACUUGCGACAACAAUCCUUGGAUCUGCUGGCGUUACAAGAAACAUUUAUCCUUGACAGUGUCGACGCACGACAAAUUUAA